AGGGGGCAGAGCUGUCGGCGUCGCCCGGCGGAGUUUGCAUGAAACUUUCACCUGCGCGGGGCUCCGACGACGACAACGACGACGACUCGGGAGGAGGAGGAGGAGAGAGUCCGGGGCUCCCGACUCCGCCGCACCGCGCCGCACCGCGCCGCGCCGCCCGGCGUCCCCUCCCCGGAGCGCGGGGCGCCGUCCGCCGCCCGCCGCCCGACAUGGACGUGCUGCCCAUGUGCAGCAUCUUCCAGGAGCUGCAGAUCGUGCACGAGACCGGCUACUUCUCCGCGCUGCCCUCGCUCGAGGAGUACUGGCAACAGACCUGCCUCGAGUUGGAGCGUUACCUGCAGAGCGAGCCCUGCUAUGUCUCAGCCUCCGAAAUCAAGUUCGACAGCCAGGAAGAUCUGUGGACCAAAAUCAUUCUGGCUCGGGAGAAGAAAGAGGAAUCUGAACUGACUAUUUCCUCUAGUCCUGCAGAGGACACGCUGAUCAGCCCGAGCUUUAGUUACAACCUAGAGACCAACAGCCUGAACUCGGACGUCAGCAGCGAAUCGUCCGACAGCUCCGAGGAGUUGUCGCCCACCACCAAGUUUACCUCCGACCCCAUCGGCGAAGUCUUAGUCAGUUCGGGAAACCUGAGCUCGUCCGUCACCUCCACGCCCCCUUCGUCUCCAGAACUGAGCGGGGAGCCCUCUCAAGUGUGGGGCUGUGUGUCCGGAGAGCUGCCUUCCCCCGGGAAGGCGCGCAGUGGGACUCUGGGAAAGCCCGGUGACAAGGGCAGUGGCGACGCCUCUCCGGAUGGCAGGAGGAGGGUGCACCGGUGCCACUUCAACGGCUGCAGGAAAGUUUACACCAAAAGCUCCCACUUGAAAGCCCAUCAGCGCACGCACACAGGAGAGAAGCCUUACAGAUGCUCAUGGGAAGGGUGUGAGUGGCGUUUUGCCAGAAGUGAUGAGUUAACCAGACACUUCCGAAAGCACACGGGUGCCAAGCCUUUUAAAUGCUCUCACUGUGACAGGUGUUUCUCCAGGUCUGACCACCUGGCCCUGCACAUGAAGCGGCACCUGUGAGGGCGCAGAGGGUGAAUGGAGAUCCUGUAGGCCGAGAGGCCUCCCGGCGGGCGGGCGGGCGGGCGGCCUGCGGCGGAGGGCGCCUGGGCUGCGCGUGCCAGCCAAAGCAUGCCAUUUUGCACCCGACCCAGUUGCCUCCGGGGCCUCUUCUUUGGAAGGUCUUUAGAGGGCUGAAAAAG